AUGAAACAAAUGAAUUUGAAUCACAGAGGUUUUGCCGAUGAUUCAUAUAAUCCGCAUACAGACUCGAUAGUUAAUUCCAUUCAUGAAUUUCAUUUUGAUGGCCUUGCUGGUGUGACUUUCGAGUCUUGGUUUAAGAAGUAUGAGGAUUUGUUCAAGGUCGACCUCAACAAUCUUGAUGACGCCACCAAAGUGAGAAUCCUUUUGAGAAAGCUCGGCACAAUCGAACACGAACGUUAUAGUAAUUUCAUCCUCCCAAAGAAUUCACGAGAUUUCUCUUUUGAUGCUACAAUUGAUACGCUGUCGCAAAUCUUCUCUGAACAGUCAUCUCUCUUUAAUAUUCGUUAUCAAUGCCUCAAAAUAAUCAAGUCAAAUGAAGAUGACUGGGUAAAGCAUGCUGGCUUAGUAAAUCGUGAAUGUGAACGAUUUAAAUUAUCAUCAAUGACGGAAGAUCAGUUUAAGUGCCUUGUGUUUGUGUGCAGCUUACAAUCUCCCGACGAUGCUGAUAUAAGAACCAGAAUCCUAAGUAAAAUUGAACAGUGCCCAAACAUCUCGCUUCAAGAAAUAACUGCAGAGUGCCAGAGAUUAGUAAACUUGAAGCAUGAUACCUCCAUGGUCGAAAACAAUGGCCGUGCAUCAUACGUGCAUGCCGUUAGUGAAAAGAAAAAUUCCGGCUCACAAAAGCAUCACAAGAGCACAGACAACCAGCCCUCAUCUCCAUGCUGGUCAUGUGGAGGUUGGCACUACAAGAAGUUUUGA